AGAUGGAGAUCUUGCAGGAUAUACACAAGUUAAAGCCCAGGAGACCGCCACACUGACUUUGCACAUGCGCAGUGAGCACUAUUUGCUUCAUGAACUGUCAGUUAUGCCUGAGGAAGAACUAGCAUGCUUUUGUUUACCAGUGUUGCUUAGCAACGGCUGCUCCAUAACCAGAUGUUUCUGUUUGACUGGUCAAACCAUAGCCUCACACUUGUGGGAGUCACAGAGUUAGGCUCUGGCUGUUAGACGGUCAGUGGUUAAAAGUUCAUCAUUUCAUAAAAUCAUUUAGUGUUGAGCUGAUAGAAAUGUGGUCAGAGCGAUGUUCUCCACCCUGAGGAAGCUCUUCGGCUUUAAGAAGGAGCAUAAAACCCCCAUGGGAUUUUGUGAUGGCCCAAGCAGUGAAACGGAGAACGUGUCCUGCUGUCAUUGUAGAACUGAGGACAGGUACAGCCAACCUUAUGAUCCUGAAAACAAAUUUCAUGAAGCAGUGUGUAUGGGAAAGCUCAAAGUGGUGCUGCAUCUCCUUGCGAAGAAUUUUCAUGUGGAUGAUGUGGAUGAAAGCAAACGAACUGCACUCCACUUCGAAUGUUUCUAUGGUCAUCUGGAUGUGGUUUAUUUCCUGUUAUUCAUUGGAUGUAAGAUAGAUGCCCUUGAUGACCAAAAGUCCACACCACUAGCGAAGGCUAUACAGAGCUGGGAGACAAAGAUCGUUUCUGUCCUACUUGAUCACGGAGCAGACCCCAAUAUUAAAGACUCCAACGGAGACACAGCUAUCCACCACGCAGUGUAUGUAGACAGUCCAGAUAUUACCAGAUGUCUUCUUGAAUUUGGGGGAAACAUUGAAGAUACUACAAAGAGAGGGUUUACCCCUCUGCUGCUAGCACUCCGAGAAAGGAAACUCCGCAUUGCAGAAUACCUAAUCACACACGGUGCAAAUCUUCAUGUAUGUGAUGAACAUCAAAGAACACCACUCAUGUAUGCAGUUAAAUGGGACUGUAAAUAUAUUGUUCAAAUUUUACUGAAGAGAGGUGUUGAUUACCACGAAAAGGACAAAUUUGGAUGGAGCGCACUGCAGUAUGCCAUUGUGGGGAACCGCAAAGUAAAAAGCUUGAUUUGGAAGUAUGAGGACUCACUCCUCUCAAAAAACCACAGUAUCUUCACACGAAAGCAGCCUGAAGAUGUCUUUUCAUCAGGAAAUCACUUCAAAUCUGAGUCUCUGAAUUCUGUGUGUGCAAGGAUGGAGGACAGAGAUCAUUUGAAAAUCCAGCAAGAUAUUUCUGAGAAUAUUCUGGAAAGUGGAACAGAUGACUUACCAAUAGCUUUUAUACAACAUGAAAAUACCGAAGCACAAGAAGAUAUGUUAGAAGAACUAGAGCUAGAAACAAUACUGGAUUUAAAACUGGAAAGUGAAAAUGUUUGUAAUAAUUAUGAAGACUCUCAAAAAUUGAAAGCUGCCCAGUCAUCCAACAUAGGAAAUAAUGCAAAAGAAGAUGAAAUAAAUCAAGUUUGGGCUGAAAAAUGUCCACAUCCAGAGCUGAGGAAUUACUGUCAUCUAAUCUCCCAAUGCAAGUCUGAAACACAGCAAUCUCAAACAGUUUGGGCUGAAAAAUGUCCUCACCCAGAGCUGGGGCAUUAUUCUCAUCGAAUUUCCAAACCAGAGUCUGAAACACAGCAAUCUCAAACAGUUUGGGCUGAAAAAUGUCCUCACCCAGAGCUGAGGCAUUAUUCACAUCUAAUCUCCAAACUGGAGUCACAACCAGAUACACAUUUUUCAGAAGAACUAGAAGAAGAAAUAAUAGAAUCUAAACUGGAAAAUGAGAGAAGUUUUGAAAAGAUUGCAGAUAAUCAAGAAUUUAGUAUGUCUGACCCUAAUGGACUGCAGGAAUCUUCCACAGAAGCUCCCCAUUCAUCCAAUAUGGACAAUGAUGCAGGAAAAAAUUUAAUAAGGCAUCUAGAGAGAAAAUCUGUCAUGGAAGAUCAAAAGCAUGCCUCAGAAGAAGAGCAGAGGCAGCACAGUGGUAGAAAAACUAAGUGGCCAUUUGUAAGUAAAUACUUAAAUUUACUUUUCAUAAUUUAUGCUGUUUCCACAGUAAUGUUUCAUAGGACAAAUAAGGUUAAAUUUAGUAUGUCUUUUAGAAUUAAUACAUUGAAAGCAAAUGUUUUUUAAAAUAUUAUUGUUAUUUUUUUCUUAGAAACUUACAUUCACCACUGACUCCCUCCACCUCAUGCUGGUGGUACUUAUCAUU